AUGCAGGCGAUGAGCGCGAACGCGAGCGCACCGAGAGCACCGCAGCGUUCGCCAUUUGCCAUCCAAGAGCUGCUUGGGCUGUCGGAUGGACGAGAUGGCCGCGACAGCCGAGAGCGGUACGAUGGUGACGGCCAUUCUGCCCGCGAUGGCCGCGGCCAUUUCGCUCCCCAGUUCCCGUUACCGGCGUCCGUGGCCAGUCGAGUGGCUUACGCGGCCGCAUUCAACGCCCAAGCAGCAGUCGCAGCUGCCUUCCUUCCAGGACCACCGCUACUGCAUGCGCCGCCCGGUUUCCCGCAGAUCAAGAGCCCCUACAGUCCGACGGCGCAACCGCACUUGACAGGUCAGUGA